AUGCAUCUUACCGGUGUCUUUAUUCUGGUGCUUCUUGCCGUUGGUACAGUUUCGCCAUUGAUCAAUGGCAUUCCCUGGGCUAUUCUCAAAAUUUCUGUAUGUAAUUAUUUUGCUCAAUAUCCUGAUCGCGCUGCACGUGCGUUAACCAAUGUCAACCAAGCGUUGCACAAAUUCGAUAACACACCACGAGCUUUCAAUAAUACUUUGGUUUAUGUAAAUGCUCCUGGAAAUUGGCAGAGACUCAUCGGUGGUACAACCCAAUGCUCUGGAUUCAUCGAUGGACUAGGCGAAGCGCUGAAAGCUGAUUUCCAAAAUCAACCAAGUACUGGUAAACCUAUUGCAGGUCAAAUUAUAGGAGAAUUUAAACAGCUUUUUGCUGGUAUGUUCUAA